AUGAAUCUUCAGAAACUAAUUUCAACACGAGAAGGUCAGCGCAGAGUUGUACAGAGGAAAUUAGACAGUAUAACUGAUGAUAUGUCGCCACUUGAAUUUAUGUCGCUGAUGGACUAUUUGACAGAGAAAGCUGAGAUAAUCAAAGGACUGAAUGAGAAGAUAGUAAACCAGUGUGAUGUCGCAGAAAUUGAAACUGAAAUUGUAGAAAGUGAAGAGUAUUCAUACAACUUAGAUCUCAGAAUUCAGAAAUUACGUGACACUUCUCGCAAGCAUAGUCAAGAUUUUACAAACAAUAGUUCUGUGGAUAAUGAAGAAAACCCAGCGUUACCACGUCAUUCAGGUUCGAGUACUUUUUUUCAACACAAGCUUCCGAAACUGACUUUACCUACCUUUGAUGGAGAUCUAACAACCUGGCAAACUUUCUGGGACUCUUUCGAGUCAUCGGUUCAUCUAAAUGCUUCGUUAUCGGACGUUCAGAAGUUCAACUAUCUGAAAUCUUUGCUUCAAGGUACAGCUUCAUGGUGUAUUUCCUUUGACGAAUUCUAA